GGAUUGGAAGGUCUCUUUUGCGCGCAUUGGAUGGAUACGUGGUUUGUAUGUGUUGGUCGUGAAGAACAUUCGGUCGCAAGAAGACGGGAGCAUUCAGGCCGGAGUGAAUAGCGAAAAUCCUGACAAAGUACGCAAGUACUUUAUCCGAAAGUGAGAAAAAUCGCGACCUGAGGGUUGGAAGCUGUGAAAAUUGUGUAGCUAGUCUUUCGCGAAAAUCUGGGCGAGCUUUGUUGGAGUUGUGCGUGGUCCGGCGCUGAACCUCUUGGCAGUUCUGCGUGAUUGUUUUUGGUCGGACCGCUAUUUGUCGAUUGUCGUUGCGGAAUCGUGGUCGUUCGUUGCGGCCAACAAAAUUGGCUUGUCGAGAGCGUUUGUUUGUUCCUGGAUUUGCCGGGUCUGAGAGGAAUAUUUUGACUGUCACCGAGUUUCUGCGAGUUGUCGGCAGCCGAGUUCGCAGCGUGUGAUUUAUUUUCGAAUCGACUGUUUUACACUUUUUGAAUAAUGUCUUCGAGCGCAGGCUCAAGUAGUGGUGGAGGAAGUGGAAGAGGUCGUAGUGGCAAUGGAUCGACGAACGGGGGGCCGAAUGCAGCAACAUCACCAAACGACGCUAAACCUGAUGCUAAGGAUACAAAGCCGAAUCCGAAAAUAUCAAAAGCUCUGGGCACUUCGGCAAAACGCAUUCAAAAGGAGUUAGCUGAGAUAACACUGGAUCCCCCGCCCAAUUGUAGCGCUGGCCCAAAAGGAGAUAAUUUAUAUGAAUGGGUGUCAACAAUUCUUGGACCGCCUGGUUCGGUUUACGAGGGUGGUGUAUUUUUUCUAGAUAUACAUUUUUCUCCAGAAUAUCCAUUUAAACCUCCGAAGGUUACAUUUAGGACUAGGAUAUAUCACUGCAAUAUAAAUAGUCAAGGCGUUAUCUGCUUGGAUAUUCUUAAAGACAAUUGGUCACCUGCUUUGACCAUAUCAAAAGUACUUUUAUCGAUUUGUUCCCUUUUGACUGAUUGCAAUCCUGCCGAUCCUCUUGUUGGAAGUAUUGCUACGCAAUAUCUGCAAAACAGGGAAGAACAUGAUAGAAUCGCUCGACUGUGGACAAAGAGGUAUGCAACGUGAUUUUCCUCUCAGGGAAGUGAACAUUUCUUUUUUAAAGAAAAAAUAUUAUACAAGUAUAAUUAUCCUAUAUUAUAAUUAAUAUAAACUUAUCAAUAAAAAUUUAACAAAAAAUUACGAAAAGUAAAAGAUAAAUCAUCCUAAUAAAGAAAGAAACGAAUAAAAUGUAUGAUUUCAAAGGAAGUAAAUGAGUUUUGGCUCAAAUGUAUAUAAUGUAUUAAUAUAUGUAUUAAUGUAGUGUAUAA